AUGGCCGCCGUCAACGGUGGUUACACCACCGGUGCCAGUAGAGAUGAAGCUGAGCUCCACCGGAGAAACGUUGCUUCCUAUGAGAAGACAAAUGGUGGUCACGUCGUGAAGCUGGAAGCGGACGAUACCAAGAAGCUCCAAAAGCCUCAAGCGGGGUUCCUCCAGAUUCUUGAUGAGUAUGAAUAUAUCAUUGCGCCCGUAAUUUUCACAGCAUUUGCACUCUUCACACGAUUAUGGAAGAUCGGCUUGUCAAAUAUUGUGACCUGGGAUGAGGCUCAUUUCGGCAAGUUUGGCUCCCACUACCUAAAACGAGACUUCUACUUCGAUGUCCACCCUCCGCUCGGAAAGAUGCUGGUCGGCCUGUCUGGCUAUCUGGCCGGCUAUAACGGUUCGUUCGAGUUCAAGUCCGGCGAGACCUAUCCUGAAGAAGUCAACUACACCUUCAUGCGUAUCUUCAAUGCGAUGUUUGGUGUGGUGACUAUUCCUCUCGCCUAUUUCGCCGCUCGUGAUCUCAAUUUCCGACGCGAAACAGUCUGGCUCAUCACGUUGAUGGUCCUUUGCGAAAACUCUUACGCCACAAUCUCGCGCUUCAUCCUGCUUGACUCGAUGCUUCUCUGUUUCACCUUCACCACGGUCCUCUGCUGGGCAAGAUUCCACAAACUGCGGAACCAGAGCUGGACUGUUGAGUGGUUCGUGUGGCUCUUCCUGAGCGGCAUCAGCAUUGGCUGUGUGUGCAGUGUGAAAUGGGUCGGACUAUUUGCAACUGCUCUUGUCGGCUUGUACACCGCAGAGGAUCUGUGGAACAAGUUCGGAGACCUGAAGAUGCCGAAGACUGAACUGGCCAGUCACGUCGUCGUCCGAGUCAUCGGCCUGAUCGUGAUACCAAUGAUGGUGUACAUGUUCUCGUUUUAUCUUCACUUCACUAUUCUCAAUACCUCUGGGCCGGGCGAUGCGCAGAUGUCGUCGCUCUUCCAGGCGAAUCUCAAAGGCACAGAAGUUGGCAGAGACGCUCCUCUGGAAAUUGCUCUUGGUUCCAAGAUCACUCUUAAGAAUAUGGGCUAUGGUGGUGGCCUCCUGCACUCUCACGUCCAGACCUACCCUGAGGGCAGCAAGCAGCAACAGGUCACGUGUUACCACCACAAAGAUGCCAACAACGACUGGUUCUUCUAUCCCAAUCGCAGUCGACCUGCGUACGAUGCUGAAGCGCCCCUCGAGUUCAUUGGCGACAAGGACAUCGUCCGGUUGAUUCACGCUCAGACUGGCCGUAAUCUGCAUUCUCACACCGUUAGCGCUCCUGUUACCAAGGGCGACUACGAAGUCUCGUCCUAUGGCAACAUGACAGUCGGAGAUGAGAAGGAUCACUGGAAGAUCGAGGUCGUUAAAGAUGCUGCAUCAUCGGAUCGGUCUCGCAUUCGCACCUUGACAACGUCCUUCCGACUCAAGCACGCUGUCUUGGGGUGUUACCUUCGCGCCGGUAACGUUAAUCUCCCCCAAUGGGGUUUCAAGCAAAUCGAAACGACUUGUGUCAAGCAGAAUCAUCCUCGCGAUGUGUACACUCACUGGAAUGUCGAGUCCCACAUCAACGAGCGACUUCCUCCGGGCGAUGCCAAGGCGUAUCGCUCUCCCUUUUUCACCGAUUUCAUUCACCUGAACGUAGCUAUGAUGACCUCCAACAACGCCCUGGUCCCUGAUCCAGACAAGCAAGACGAUUUGGCCUCUCAGUUUUGGCAGUGGCCAAUCCUCCAUGUCGGUCUCCGCAUGUGCUCCUGGGACGACAAGAUCACCAAGUACUUCCUGCUGGGCAACCCUUUGGUAUACUGGGGUUCGACUGCCUCGUUGGGGGUACUCGGCCUGAUCGUCGCGUGGUAUCUGGUGCGUUGGCAACGCGGCUACGUUGAGCUCACUCAAGGUGACAUUGACCACAUCCACUAUGCGGGCAUAUACCCAGUGAUUGGGUGGGUGUUCCACUAUUUACCUUUUGUGAUCAUGGCACGUGUCACUUAUGUGCAUCACUACUACCCAGCCCUGUACUUUGCUAUCCUCACGGCGGGAUUCUGUGUGGAUUGGGUCACUCGUCCACUCAACAAGAGGUUGCGUUGGGGGGUGUACUCGGUGCUCUUCGCGGCAGUCAUUGGUUUGUUUGUGCUCUUCAGCCCAGUUGUGUUCGGCAUGCAGGGUAGCAACCGACAGUAUGGAUAUCUUCGGUGGUUCGAGAAAUGGAGGAUCUCCGAUGCCUGA